CGCUCACACACACACACACACACACACACACAUAGGCACAUUUGGACACCCUGAUCAGACGUCUCAGCUGUCCCGCUCGGGUGUGGCCGCUGUAAUAGUGAAGGAUAUCAGCCCGUUGACUUUUAGGGAGCCAUGGACCCUAUUAAGGGAGAGACGCUGUUAAAAGUCCAGCAGUUACGGGAUCAGUUUGAUAACCUGGAAAAGCACACACAGUGGGGAAUCGACUUUGUGGAAAAAUACACCAAAUUCGUAAAGGAAAGGUCAGAGAUCGAGCUUAACUAUGCAAGACAGAUCAGGAAUCUGUCCAAGAAAUACCAGCCUAAGAAGAAAGAGGAAGACGAGAAUAAGUACACAUGGUGUCGGGCGUUUCAUUCGACGCUAAACGAGCUGAACGACUACGCCGGACAGCAUGAGCUCAUCGCAGAGAACAUGACGUCACAGAUCAUCGCUGAACUCACGCGAUACGCACAGGAAGUCAAAACAGAGAGAAAAUCGCAUUUCCACGAUGGUCGGAAGGCACAGCAACAGAUCGAAGGCAGUUGGAAACAGUUAGAGUCGUGUAAGAGGAAGUUUGAGCGGGACUGUAAGGAAGCAGAUCGAGCCCAGCAGUACUUUGAGAAGAUGGACGCAGACAUCAACGUGACGAAAGCAGACGUGGAGAAGGCACGGCAGCAGGCUCAGAUGAGACACCAGAUGGCUUCUGACAGCAAGAAUGAAUAUUCCUCAUACCUUCAGAAGUUCAACCAGGAACAGAACGAACAUUAUUACACCAUCAUCCCUAAUAUUUUCCAGAAGAUCCAGGCCAUGGAGGAGAAGAGGAUAGAGCGGAUGGGAGAGUCGCUGAAGACGUUUGCGGAGGUCGAUCGUCAGAUUCUGCCCAUCAUCGGGAAAUGCCUGGAUGGAAUAACACAAGCGGCCGACUCCAUCGAACCCAAGAAUGACUCCUCUCAGGUCAUAGAGUCAUAUAAGUCUGGGUUCGAGCCUCCCGGCGAUGUGGAGUUUGAAGACUACGGCCAGGCGAUGAAGAGGACGGUGUCUGAGACCAGCCUCACUAACUCACGCCCGGAGAGCAAAGCAGACCGCUCCAGCAAGAGCAAGAGCAAAACCCUCUGGCCUUUCAUUAAGAAAAACAAGCUUAUGUCCCUGUUAACAUCCCCGCACUCGCCAGCCCCUGACCCUCCCUCACCUUCUGCUGUGACCCCUGACCCCUGCCCCACUCCCCAGACCCCCAAACAGUCCAAGGAGCCCCUGUCCCACCGAUUCAACGACCUCAUGACCUCCAAGCCCAAAAUGCACUGCCUCAGGAGCCUCCGGCGCGGGCUCUCUCUAAAGCUGGGUUCGAAUCCUGAGGACUUCAGUCAUCUUCCUCCAGAGCAGAGAAGGAAGAAGCUUCAGUCGAAGAUUGACGACAUCAAUAAAGACAUACAGAAAGAGAUGGACCAGAGAGAUGCUUUGACUAAAAUGAAGGAAGUGUAUGUAAAGAACCCACAGAUGGGGGAUCCCAACAGCGUGGACCCUCGGUUAGCAGAGAUCGCCCACAACAUCGAGAAACUGCAGGCAGAGGCUCAGAAAUUCGAGGGCUGGUUAGCGGAGGUCGAAGGAAGGAUGCCAGUAAAGAGUGACCCUCCUCGGAGGACGAGUGCCCUGUACGAGACCCAAAACAGCACACCACCCACCACCAACAACAACUGUGCACAGGACAGAGAGAGUCCGGAUGGCAGUUAUACAGAGGAACCGAGUUCUGAGGUCCAGAGUAAAGUCCAGCCCGAGACGGCAGAGUCCGGAGAUGAAUUUGACGACCCAGAUGAAGAAAUGCUACCCACCAUCGGCACUUGCAAAGCCCUCUACCCGUUUGAAGGCGUUAAUGAAGGCACCAUCUCGGUAACGGAGGGUGAGCUCUUGUAUGUAAUAGAGGAAGACAAAGGUGACGGAUGGACGCGUGUUAGAAGAAACGAGGAAGAGGAGGGUUACGUCCCCACAUCCUACGUCGAGGUCUUUCUGGACUCCAACGCCAAAGAUGUGUUUUCCUGGAGAAGGGUGUAUCUUUCUGAGGAUUCGUAAAGUAUGGAAGGAGGACUCAGUGGUUCAGGGCAAACAGCAGCCACAUGUGAGGAAAACUACAGCCUACCCUCCAUGAACCGCCCUAGAGUGAGACAGAUGAGAGACAGACACAAAAUAAAGAGAGGAACAGUGAAAGAAGCGAGAGGAAGAGGCUAUAGAGACCUCUCGGCCUAAAUUCUCCUGCUGUAGAGAGGAACUUGAACAGCGAAUCAGAGAAAUAUUACGGCAUUUAGAUUUAUUACCUGUCUGUUAUUUUAUAAUGAGGUGAAUAUGAUCUGCAUAUAUCAUUUUGCUUUACGGCUCUUCAUCGCUGCUGAACGGCGCUAACGUUUCUUUCAGCCUGUGCGGGUGUAUGUGUGUGUGUGUGUGUGUGUGUGUGUGUGUGUGGUCGUCUUUAACAGCCUUGUGUCUGAUUUCUUCACCUUUCCUGAACUCAAACCCUGGGAAUGUUGUCUGUAAAAGGAGUUGAAUUUCUGGUACCGCAAGAGUGCUGCGCUCCAUUCAUAUUUCUGAUAUAUAUAUAUAUAUAUAUAUAUAUAUAUAUAUAUAUAUAUAUAUAUAUAUAUAUAGCUUGAUGCUCGAAAGAUGAUGUACAGUACACUACUGGUCAAAAGUUGGGAACAAUUAAGAUUUUUGAUGUCUUGGAAGAAGCCUGUUCUGCUCUCUAACGCUGCAUUUGAUAAAUGAAAAAUGCACCAAAAUUGUGAAAUAUUAUUACAGUUUAAAUUGUUUUAAAAUGCAAUUUAUUC